AUGAACCACCUACUCCCAUCGUCCCCUGUCAUGUACAUAAACAAAUGCGUUCGACUGGCAAGAUCCUCCGGCGUUAAGUGCGGCAGCGGCCUCUUGGGGAGCACCGUUCUCCUUCUUCUCCGUCUUGGCGGCGGCCUCCUCAAGCUCCUUGAUCUUCUUCUCAAGGGCUGUGUUCUUCUCCAGAGCGGCCUUCUUGUCGGCCUCGGCAGCCUCAAGCUCCUUGACCUUCUUCUCAAGGGCCUCGGUCUUCUCGACAGCCGCCUUCUUCUCGGUUUCGCUGGUCUCGAGCUUGGUCUUAAGCUCGGCCUCGCUGUCCUUGGCCUUCUUAGCUUCAGCCUCAGCAGCGUCGAUCUUGGUCUUCAGGUCGGCAGCACCAUCCUCAGCCGUCUUCUGGGCAGCCUCGGCAGCUUCCAACUUGGUCUUCAGGGCAGCCUCGCCUUCUUUGGCGGUCUUGGCAUCACCCUCAGCGGCCUCAAGCUUCGUCUUGAGCUCGGCGGCGCUAUCCUCGACUGCCUUCUUGGCGGCCUCGGCAGCCUCGAUCUUCUUCUUCAGAUCAGCGGCACUGUCUUCGACAGCCUUCUUCUCAGCCUCGGCGGCCUCGAUCUUCUUCUUGAGCUCAGCAGCGCUCUCCUCAACCGACUUCUUCUCGGCUUCGGCAGCCUCGAUCUUCUUCUUAAGUUCGGCGGCGGCGUCCUCAGCGGUCUUCUUCUCGCCCUCAGCAGACUCAACCUUCGUCUUCAGCUCAGCAGCACUGUCCUCGGCAGUCUUCUUUUCAGCCUCGGCGGCAGUGAGCUUCGUCUUCAGGUCGGCCUCAGCAUCCUUGGCGGUCUUAGCCUCGGUCUGGGCGGCGGUGGCACUGGCCUCAGCAGCAUCGAGCUUGGUCUGGAGGGCAGCCUCAACCUCCUUGGCUGUCGUGACGUCCGCCUCAGCAGUCUUCAGGCUGGCCUGGGCCGCCUCGAGCUUGGCAUUGAGCUCAGACUCGGCAAUCUCGGCAUUGGAGUCGGUGGACAGCUUGUCGUGGGUCUGCUGCAGGGUCGCGUGCUUGCUCUCGAGCUCGCCCAGGCUGGUCUUGGAAGCAGCAAGCUCGGCCUCGGAGUCGGCCUUGAGCUUCUCGUGUGUCUCAGACAGUGCCUGGAGCUUGGCCUGGGAGUCGGCGGCAGCUUGCUUGUGCUCCUCGAGGGCCUUAUUGGCAGCGGUGAGGUCGGACUCGAGCUUGGCGGAGGUCUCCUUCAAGGAGCCCUGCUCCUUCUCGGCGGUGGUGGCGCGGGCAAUGAGGGCCUCAAUCUCGGCCUUGAGGGCCUUCUCGGACGCAUCGAGGGCCUCCUUGGCAUCGGUCACCUCCUGGGUGAGCUUGGUGAUCUCGGCCUUGAGGGUCUGACGCUCGGCGUCGACGGCCUGGACAUUCUCCUCGACGAGAACCAGCUGCGCCUUUGUAUCCUCGAGCUCCUGCUUGAAAGCCUCGUGCUCCUCGCGGGUGAGCUCCUCCUUGGUCUUCAGCUCGGUCUGGAGCUCGGCAAGCAGCGACUUUGUCUCAUCGCCGGAGGAGUGAAGCUGGCCUUCGAGAUGUGGUGGGGCUGA